AUGAAGGUUUUAUUGGUAUUAUUAGCCUUUAUAUCGUUGGUAUAUUCGGCCGAUGUGUCUUCGGAGUUGUUGGAUACACCCCGUUUUACUCUGCAAGGCCAAGUUAGUCUAGGAGCUGGUAUGAUAGCGCCUAAAAAUUGGAAAGCGAGAAGUCGUGUGUUACUUGACUAUGGCAAGUAUAUCGGUUUUAUUAGGUAUGUCGUUACGUUUAUUUUUGGUAUACGUAUUUCUCAUUUUAUAUUGUAUUUUUUAUAUAUGAUAUUUAUCUAAUUUUAAAAAAGAUAAUUGUGUUUACGGUUAUGAUGGAAUUGGCUUUUCUGUGUUACCUGUAGCAGUACUUUCAAACGUAUCAUUGAAAAUAUUUUAAAAUCGUAUGUUAAAGUUAAUGUUUUAGAGAUGACGGAUAUUUUGUUGUUGAAGGCGUUCCUACUGGAUCCUACAUCGUUGAAGUAACAAACGUCGACUACAUUUUCGAGCCAAUCAGAGUCGAUAUUACAAGCAAAGGAAAUGUCAGAGCUAGAAAAUUGAACGUUCUUCAGGUAAAUGCUUAUUUUUUUGGAAACCAACAAAAAAUACGUUUUUUUAUUAAUGGACACAGAAAACGAGAAAAGCAGUCCUAAAAUUGCUUAAAAAUAUUAUGAUUUGAAGCCUUUGGUACUGUCGUUUCUAGUUAAAUUUCAAAAAGUCUAAAAAUAAAACGAAAUGAGCCAAAAAGUUACUUGGGCUGAGCCGGGGAUCGAUCCCGGGACCUCUCGCACCCUAAGCGAGAAUCAUACCACUAGACCACUCAGCCGCACGGCGCAAAGGAAGAAAAAGAGAGUCUCUUUUCUUUUCAGUGCGAAUUCUCAAGUGAAAAGACGAUUUAUUAGAGGAAAACAGUUGAAUAUAGAGUAUCUUUGUACUUAAAAAAGUUGUAAACGACUAAUUUACUGAGCAUAUGUAAUUUUUGACUGUUUUUUAAUAAAAAUUUGUUAUAGUAACAGGAGAAAAAGGUCUUAUAAUUAUUAAAGUUUGGUAAAAUUAAAAAACUAUCGUUAUCAUUUUCAGCCAAACAGUGUGUCAACCCUACCAUAUCCAUUGAGACUUCAAGCACGCCAACCGACCAAGUAUUUCCGUCAACGAGAACAAUGGAGAGCGACUGAUGUCCUCAUGAACCCUAUGGUGAUCAUGUUGGGUGUAGCCUUCAUCUUAAUGGUUGUAACUCCAAAAUUGGCCGCUAAUGAUCCGGAACUUAAGAAAGAAUUGGAGCAGACUAUGCAGGUACCCAAGGUGGACAUGCCAGAUGUGGCCGACGUGCUGGCCAACAUGUUUGGAGGAGGACAAAAGAAGGCGAUUAAAGGAAAACCAGCCAAACGACAACGAUAA